GCACAAUAUAUAUAUAUUCCGUGUGGGAUUUUCAAACAGUAAACAUAUGCACGCAAUUGCAAAGUGCACCUGAGUCGCCGCCGCAAUAAAUAUACAUAAUUGAAAAAAAAAAACAUAUUAUUGGAUUAGCGGCGUGGCGAGACGAGCGACGUGACGACAGAAACAAAAACGGUAGAAAGCUUUUUUAUACGUUAUCGCACAAGCUCGCAAUGAGUUUCGAGUUGCGUUCCCUGAAACCUGCUUUACAACUAAUUGCCGUUGAGGAGCUCAAUGAGGUGCCUGAACGAGUGGCAGAUGAUAUCCGAGCUUUACGAGCCUGGGCUCUUAAGCAGCCCCACCUGCGCGCCUGUAUCGAUGAACAAUUUUUAUUGGCAUUUCUACGAGGGACGAAAUUUAGCUUAGAACGGGCCAAGUCGAAGUUCGAUCGAUUUUACACUCUACAGGCGGUCAUACCGGAGGUGUUCAACGAACGCCGUUUAGCGGACGAUGCUUUGGUGUUGGACAUAAUACGAAUGGGCAUCAUCUUGCGCGUUCCGCUGGCAGCUAACGAUACUGGUCCGGCAGUUACUAUCAUACGGGCCGGAUCUUAUAAUACGAGCAAGUAUAAGUUUCAGGACAUUAUACGCGUAGGCUCCAUGUUUGGCGAAAUCAUGAUGUUCGAGGAUGAUAAUGCAACUGUUAGCGGGUAUGUGGAGAUCAUGGACAUGGCGGGUGUGACGGGCACUCAUCUGUUUGCCCUGCAACCGGAGCUUUUACGGAAGUUCUCCGUUUAUGCCGACGAAGCUAUGCCCACACGUCAGAAGGGCAUACAUUUUAUUAAUGUUCCAACAGCCUUUGAAACGGGUUUUAAUACGCUGCGCGCCUUCUUCCCCGAAAAGAUCAAGAACCGCAUAUCGGUUAGCUCCGAUCCGGAUGCCGUAUUUCAAAUUGUGAAUCGUGAUUAUCUGCCCCUGGAAUAUGGCGGAACAAGUGGUGCGACAAUACAGGACAUCAGUUCGAAAAUGGAGGCACAGCUAUCGAGAUAUGGAAAGUAUUUCUUAGCGGCACGCGACUUUGGAGUUAAUGAGAAGCUCAGGGAAUAUGGUAACGGUGUCCAGGAUAAUGGCGCCUUUGGUGCUGCUGGCUCGUUUAGGAAAUUGACGAUCGAUUGACCUUGACCUAACCUACAUAUACAUAUGCUUUUCCAAUGCGAUACCAUUUCAAUCUACAAUUAUGGCUAGCUUUAACACAAUUUUUAAAGCACUCAAUCAUGCGUUGUUAAUCUAAUCGUCUAGGCUACUAAUAUAGUCCAUUAGGAAAAGUCUGUUAAGUCAUUAGAUUAACCCAUAUAGCUUUAAAAAUAUCAAAGUGCUUUUCAAGCGAUACCGUUUGGUUGAAAGCAGGGGAUUAUUUCAGUUUAUAGUUUAGACUUUAAUGGUUGAAAU